AUGAUAUUUCGAGAGUACGCGAGUGGGCCACAAAUGUUUUUGCCAUAUUUCUCAGUCGCUGCAGGAUGCCUAUAUGCUCUGGGGCUGUUGGGUUCAGAUGCAGUUUCACCUGUUCCCACUGAUCCUCCCCCUCUCGACCACGAGACGGAGUCGGUGAGCCUGGCCCUAGGUGACGAUCAGUGGUCUAUUGGGUUGCCCGCAGAGGACGGCGGAAGAACCCAAUCCAUAUUUUCUGUUGGCGUAUUACCCGAUGUUUCAUUUGUGCAUGAUGGGGCUCUUCUAUCUACCCCAGCAGAGAUACAGCCUGACCUACCCUCAGGGUACCUAUUCGAAGUGGAAGGAACAGCUCAACCAGAAGCGGCAUCCCCAGCGCCUUCUCCCAAAAAAUCCAACGGUGACUAUAGGGUCCUCCAAACCUCCCUCAUCACGACUCUCCUAGUUUUCGCCGCCUGCUUGGGGGGUUUCAAGUUACGCCAUCAAAAGUUCUGGCCGGGUGCACGACCUGAAGGUUCCCCAGAGGCGCCGGGGCAACAGCAGGACGGGAGGAAAUCAAUCAAUGAGCAACUCGUGGAUCAGCUGCAUUCGAUGAAGAAACUGGAGCCGCUGGUAGAACACCUGGUUGAAAUGAUGGGGACGAAAGAUGCUGUUGCUGCCUCGAAGGACUUUCAGACGACUUUGCAGGCGGUGGAACAAAUGGAGGCGAAGGGGUCCGCCAGCUCUAGUGAUCAACUGAAAGAGACCAUUAAUAGCGGCAUAUCCGCGCUGUCUCGGCUGUAUGAGGAGGCUCGGCUGCACGGACUGUCUUUGGCGCGACAGGCGAGGCAGGAUCGAACUCGGAAGUCUCAGGUGUUUUCAGAGAAUGAGCUGAAAAUUCUCGACUGCCACCUGGGCCUAGGGUUCCAUGAAUUUUUUGAUGCACAUGAGCAGAACAUGGAAAUUUCUUUCCCUGCAUUGGUGCGGCAGGUGGAACAGGCAGCAAAAGAUCUGAAAGGUCUUGGGGGACUCAACACCGUGGAUGACUUACAUUUACUGUCGGCUGCUGUUGCAAAUGUAGAGCUGAUCAAGUCAGGACAUGAAGCCAUGCACACCGAGAAAAUGUGUCUUGAGGAAAUUAGGGCCAAUGCAGCAUCUGUGCUGUUCAUGUCCUACCAGCGGAAACAGGAAGCCGAGCAUCGCCAUUUGCUGGACCUAUUCGAGCAGCAACGUAUUCUGUACAGGAUGGAGCGGGAACGCCAACUGUUGCUCCCCAGAUCAGAUGGAAAACGCGACAGCGCCCUCGAUAAGUUUGAGGGGAUGUUGAGAAAGGGAAGUCAGUUGCUUCAGCAAUACAGUGACGCCAUCAGCCGGAUAGCAGGCUCAACCGACAUCAUUGUUGCCGGCAACUUGGAACGGCAGGCUAUAACGAUAAAGGAGGAAGUGGAGAACCUGCUGAAAGAAGCUGCCGCCACCGCCGAAUCGAUUCCCGGCGUCGCGACUUCAGAGGAACUUGCCAAGAAUACAGCUAUGCAGCGCCACCUCAAGUCAGUGGCGCUAAGGACAAGCGAAGCGGCGGCGGAGGCCACCGAGAGAGUUGCAAGCAUCAUGGCGGCGCUUGAUGUGCAGAUGCCCGCGGAGGCUCCCUUUGGAUGGACGCAGAUUGGGGAGGAGAACAGAAAACAAGUGCCACUGACUUCUCUAAACCCCUCGGUGGCCAAGCUGGUGAAAGAGGCGAUGAGGCAUGUAGAAGUGCUGCGGAAUUCUGACAUUGUACUUGACGAGGACCAGGAAGCUGGCGGCAGCGCAUUUUCCCGUACGGCGGAAUUGCUGCAGGCAUCUCAAGUUGCCGCUCAGGCUGCAGGGGCCCUUGGCGAUGAGGCAGAGCUCCUAUGGCUGCGAGCACAGUUGAAUGACUCCUUGGAAUCGGACAUGCAGUUGAGUGCAACUUUGGCGUGGAGAGCAAUAGCAGCAGUAGACGGAGGAGAAGGAGAGCGACAGUUUUGGCGUGUUGAACUGUCGCCCGCGGAAGUUUUGCGUUUUCAGGAUCUGGUGACACAGUUGAAUAAUUGUGAGCAGCAAGCGAGGUCGUUGACUGGUCUCAAAGAAGCGGCUUUAGCAGCAGCACAGAUGAAGGACAUAGCCUGUAAACUCAUGUCAUUUGUUCAGGACCACCAGAAGUUACCAACGACUCAUUAA